UCUUAUUGUGUUCAAUCCUGACAGCAGUCAUUCUAGAUACUAUGGAUUAAAAUAAAAUAAAAAUAAAUAAAUAAAUAUCUAAAUGAGCCAAACAUACCCUCAAAAUUCUUAUCCUUUGCCUAAUUAUAAUGCCUAUGAAACCAAAAAAUUUCAUGCAAUACUAACUGUCCGAGCUUACCGUUCAACCCCUCAAUAUUUAAUUGCUAAUCUCAACAAGCACUCUCUCUCCUCCUAUCUCAUUUUCCUUCUUUGCCUCUCUCCCUCUCUCACUGUCCCUUCCCCCUCUCUCCGCAACACAUUUUGACCUCUCCAAUGGGUUGCGGAGCGUCGAGGCUUGGGGCAGAAGGCCAAGCCAUACCGGCCAGAUUCAGACCCCUCCUUCGCGGUCGGAUAGACAACAUUAGAAGGCGCAGGAACGCCGCGGCCCUAACCAACGACGAAGACCAUUGUUCCAAGAAAGAGUUGCUUAUGCAUGGUAGAGAAGAGGAUGACAACUCUCAAUCUCUUGAACCAAGUGUCAGAAAAAGCGCGGCUUCGCGCGAAGAAACAACCACCAUUGAUGAGUCUCGGAAGAGAGAACCGGAGAAAAUUAUAAAAGAGGAUACUGUAAAAGAGGAAACCAAGAAAGAGGUUUCCAAGGAGACAACAAAAGAUGAUGGUUUGAGCAAGGAGGGGAGCGCGAAUACCGCGAAGAAUGGAGAGGACAAACUGGUGGAAAAUGCAGAGAAGAAAGAGGUUGAGACGGAGGAGAAAGAGGAGGUUAGGCAUGGUGUGGAGGUGGAAGGAGAAGAGGAAGAAGAUGAAGGGUAUUACAGCUAUGAGGAGGGUGAACAAAUUGGUUACGGCUCGCCGAGUUUCAGAGUGUACUUCACAGAUAAUUUGGAGAAUGACAAGGAUGAUGAUUUAGAUUUCUCCAAUGCAAGUAAGGAUGCUAGCUCAAACAAUAGGUCUCAAAACGAUGAUGAGGCAUCACAAAAGGAGUGUUUGACCGAUAGUGGGAAGAAAGGAAGUACUAAAAGAAGGAAUUUCAAAAAGGUCAUACCAGGAAGAGGGCAAGUGAAGAAACUAUGGAACGUUCGGUCGUGCUACACUAAACCUUCUCGAACAGGAUGAGGACAAAGGAAGACAUUCUUCUCCAAUUCUUUUCCUCCUUUGUUUUGUAUUUUGUUUUUCUGGUUUUUCUUUGGACAAUUAUGUCUCCAGUUCUUUGCAAGAAAAGAGAGUUGUCAGUGCAUAAGCUUUACCAUAUAGCUAGUCUAAUUCUCAUGUAACAGGUU